UUGGUGUUCCGUUCUCACUCUAUAUUUUUCCAUAAUUCCACUUUUAAUCUCUUAUUCCUCUGCAGAGAACCAUUCGCCGUGUUUGCCACACCACGCCCGCGUACGCCUGUAGAGGGACCAUUAGGUCCCUCGAUCGAUGUGUCCAUCGACUUCACUCGUCCUGAUGGUCAACGAACGAGGCCGUUGCUAGUUGAGAACAAGCGGCUCUAUGUAGACGAGCACUACAUCUCUGUGUGGUCUCCAGUACUAAGGGCUUGGUGCGUCGAGUGCCCAGAUCGCGAACUGAUCCUGGCGAACGUGCAGUACGAACAUGUGGUGGAGAUGCUGGAGUGUAUCCACCCCACCUACAAAUCAGUUGAUGACCAAUCUGUGCACAUACUUCUCCCACUCGCAUACGAUUAUCAGAUGGAUGGACUACUACAUCGUUGUGAGUGCUUUCUCAUCAGUCACAAUUUGCCAUUCCUGGAAAAGGUGUGGAUAGCCGAUAGGUACAAAUUAAAUCGGUUAUUGAUUUUGUGUUUACGGGAGAUGCGACCGAACAACAAGGUGGAUCUGACAGGAUCACGCUACUACGCGUUGAGCGACAGGGUUAAACGACAGUCCGAUCUCUUUUUCACUGCGAUUCGCGCAAAAACCGGACGAGUAUACCAUGUAAAUCCCUAUUACAUGGCUGCGUGGUCCAAUGUGUUCCAGGAGCGUGUCUACUGCUCAUCUUCUGGCGUCGAAGAAAUAUUCUGUCCAUGUUCACAUGAGGAAUUGAAAGCGUUCCUUAUGGCUAUUCAUCCGCCACAACUUCGUCUAAGCGAGCAGAACAUUGGUCCGGUGCUGAUGGCAGCUUGCAAGAUGGAAUCACCAGCUCUGCUCAGAAAAUGUGCCACGUUGCUUCUCGCGCAACAAACACAGUUAUCAGUAUUCGUCCGUUUGUCGUUGCUCGACCGGUGCUUCAUGCAUGAGAUGGUCCCCCAAUGCCUUCUAAUGGUGCAUCGUCCUGAGCAUCUCAUUCAGAUGACACAGCAGACCACCUACGACUGUCUUUCAAUCCGAGCUCGAGCAGCGAUUCUUGACCGCCUUUCUGUGCUGCUGGAAAAUCCCGGUCUACAGCCACACCAUUGUUCCAGGUGUAAAGCGAAUUCGGCGUGUUCGAAAGUCACUUGGAUGUGCCCUCAAUGCAAAACCUAUUCGACUGAUCCGAAUCUUCUUAGUCAUCCGCAACAACAACAACAUCCUACUCGAUAG